UCAAGACCCGUUCUUGACUUGGCUGACAUGGCGUUCGCAGUGCCCAGCGAAUCUUGGGUGAGCAAAGAACGCCAACGACCACAUUGCGUGCUCGAGGCUUGCUCUGUCACCACUCCAGGCACUAUGCGUGCUGUUUCCCGACUUUCUCCCGCCGAUCAAGCAAUUCGAGCUCGGGUAAGCUCUAAGCUUCAGCAAAGAUAAGCUCAACGACUGCUGCUGAGUGACCUCUCUGGUAUUCAAUCACAAACUUUCGAGCUUCCAAUGGCUGGGGCAGAAAAGUUGAGAAUCGCCAUUAUUGGUGCAGGCAUAGCUGGGCUUGCGACAGCAGUAGCACUUCAAGACCACGAAGGCAUCGAUGUUCAAGUUUACGAACGAGCGCCUGUGCUCCAAGAAGUUGGCGCCAGCAUCGCGCUGGGCCCGAAUGGAAUGAAGGCUUUGGAAAGACUCGGUGUUCAGGAAGCGCUGUCUGAUGAGCUUGCCUUUCGGAACAGAUCAGGUCAUCCAAUGAUUUAUCGGCACUGGAAGACGAAUGAAGUGGUGUCUGUGGAUAAUCAUCACGGUCCCGUGGAGUACAGACAUCGUACGAGCCGCUUCUACAGAGCGCACCUGCAACAGGCCUUGGCAGCCCACGUUAAUCCUGAGCGACUCCAUCUUGGCAAGACGUUUGUUGCCAUUGAACAAGUCCAAGAUACUGGUGAAGUUGAAGUCUCCUUCUCGGAUGGUACUUCCAAAACAGUGGACAUCGUCUUAGGUGCAGACGGUAUCCGUUCCGCAGUUCGACGUUCUUUCGUUCCAUCUUCGCAACCUAAAUGGACUGGAUGGGUGGCUUUCCGAUCCGUCUUCGAUGCGAAACUUGUCCAGCAUAUUCCAGGAGUUCUCGAAGAAUCUUAUCAUUGGUGGGGACCAGACCGAACGUUCUUCGCCUCCAAGCUAGGAAAAGACCUAUUCACGAUCGUGGGAGGGAGCUACAGUGACCCCAAUGCACCAGACGCCGUGUACAAAGACUCAACCUGGAACUCCGAAGGCGAUUUGGAGGUCCUCAAGGAUUUCUACCGAGAUUGGCAUCCGACUGUGAGACAGAUAAUCGAAGCCACACCGAACGUCAGACUGUAUCCGAACACAUUCGCCUCGGCUCUUGAUACCUGGGUCCACGGAAAUGGCAACAUCACAUAUGCUGGCGACGCUGCUCACGCACAUGGCGGAGCUUUCGCCGCCGGGGGAUCUCUCGCAUUAGACGAUGCUUGGACCUUUUCCAGGGCGAUAUUGCAUGUCUUUCCGUCUGGUGCACGCAAGCCUUCGAAACUGGAAAUUGCGGCAGCGCUGAGGAUAUACGAGCAGACCAAGAAGCCGCACACAGAUCGGGUGUUGUCGACUGUACAUGCAAACAACCAGAAAACGGUCGAGAGACUCGGAAGGACAGAGACUGAUAAAGAGCUGAGGGCGAGGAUGAAGAGCCGUGCAGAUCCUUCUUGGAUUCAUGAGCAUGAUGUUGACGCAACGUUUCUCAAAGUUGUGGCGCAACAGAACGUCGAGACACAGGCGCGGCUGUAG